CUAAGAUCCGAUAACCCGGAUCUCAAACAAUAUAGUUUCCGAUUGCCCCAGAAGCUGAAAAAGAAAAAAAAAAAUUGAAUCAUUAUUAGCAACCCAGAAGAGAAGACUCAGAUUUAUUGAGGAUCUUUGUUUUUGGAGUAUUUGAGCCAUGGAAAGUUCGGUAGCUGCAGAAAAUGAUAAUAAUGCCGCAGAGGAUGAUGUGAAGGAGAGGUGUUGGGACCAAAGGGAAGCGUUAGCGGGCGAGCCUCGAUGUGUUAUAUGUGGCCGCUAUGGUGAGUACAUUUGCGACGAGACUGAUGAUGAUAUUUGCAGCUUGGAAUGCAAAGGUAUAUUGCUGUCGCGGCUUGCAAAAUCGCGGCAACCAACUGCUCGUCCAUGUCCUGUGAAGUUACCUGCAACUGAUGAGUGCUAUUAUGUUAGGGAUAAUGAUAAAUCUGAAGUGAAACCACUAACAACUGACCAGACUGAACUUCUGAGAAGGAAACUUGAUAUUGUUGUGAAGGGAGACACUACAGCGCCUCCCGUCUUGUCAUUUGCUUCCUGCAAGCUACCUCAGAAGCUUCUCGAGAAUAUUGAAGUUGCCGGUUAUGAAAUGCCAACUCCUGUCCAAAUGCAAGCAAUCCCUUCUGCUUUAGCAGGGCAAAGCUUGCUUGUUUCAGCGGAGACUGGUUCCGGUAAAACUGGCUCGUUUCUAAUUCCUAUAGUUUCUCGAUGUGCAAAAGUUAAUGAAGAGCAUUUCCAAAACCAGCAGAAACCAUUAGCUAUGGUUCUCACACCUACUAGAGAACUCUGCAUACAGGUAGAGGAUCAAGCUAAGGUGCUCGGGAAAGGUUUGCCCUUCAAAACUGCAUUGGUGGUAGGUGGUGAUGGCAUGGCAGGACAGCUCCACCGCAUCCAGCAGGGAGUGUCUUUAAUUGUGGGAACUCCUGGAAGGCUCAUUGACCUUUUAACGAAGCACGAGAUUGAACUGGAUACUAUUUCAAUUCUUGUUCUUGAUGAAGUAGAUUGCAUGCUCCAAAGAGGUUUCCGUGAGCAGGUGAUGCAGAUUUUUACGGCUCUGUCUCAACCUCAAGUGUUAAUGUAUUCUGCAACAAUUCCUAAAGAAGUAGAGCGGAUGGCAAGCUCAAUGGCGAAAAAGGUCACAGUCAUCUCUGUUGGGAAGCCAAAUAAACCUAAUCAGGCUGUCAAGCAGUUAGCGAUUUGGGUAGACUCGAAGCGGAAGAAGCAAAAGCUUUUCGAUAUUUUGAUGAGCAAGCAGCAUUACAAGCCACCAGUUAUUGUAUUUGUGGGUUCUCGACUCGGAGCAGAUCUCCUUUCUGAAGCAAUAACAGUAAGUACAGGGCUAAAAGCACUGCCAAUUCAUGGUGAGAAAUCAAUGAAGGAUAGGAGAGAAAUUGUAAGGUCAUUUCUAGUUGGAGAAGUUCCUGUUAUUGUGGCCACAGGGGUGUUGGGUCGAGGAAUCGAUCUGUUGACUGUGAAACAAGUAAUUGUGUUUGAUAUGCCAAAAUCCAUCAAGGAGUAUGUGCACCAGGUUGGAAGGGCAUCUAGAAUGGGAGAGGAAGGUACAGCAAUUGUCUUUGUGAAUGAAGAGAAUAAGAAAUUGUUCCCCGAGUUUGUUGAAACUCUUAAAACAUCUGGUGCUGCAAUUCCCCGAGAGCUUGCUAAUUCAUGGCAUUCUGUUGGCUCUUUCUCUGCUGGCAGAGGUCAGAAAAAACGAAAACAUGGUUAUUGAAGAUCUCCUUUCCGCUUCCUCUACAUGAAGCUCCCCCUGCUAAGAAUGAAGAUACUUAUCCUCUCAAGCUCUCCUCUACUGCAAAUGUUCUGCCAUUACCACAACUGCUUCUUAGACCUGGUUGUCAACCUGUCUUGGUUGGACAUUAGUGCUUGAGUAUUUAUACAUGUGUAUACUGUGUAGUGUGUUACAUCUUGAUUCUUCUCGUGCUAAAAGGAUGCUUCUCAUUUGAAAACACCUGGUCAACUGAAAACCAGCCCUGGAACUUCAAUUAUUUAGUGAUGGACAUGAAGGGUGCACUCCUCAAAGCUUAAGAACUGAAAUGUAGCUGACUGCGAUGUUGACGGAAUGCUGCAGUUCAUACUCGUUCUUUAGGUGAUCUCUUCGGCCUUAAAAGUCAAGAGGAUAUAAGGUUUUGGCGAUGCUGGUUAUAUCUGCGGUUGGACUGAUAAGCAUUCACCUUAGUCAUUAACUGCUCACUGAAAGUUUAAGCAUACAUGACAGUUUUGGUGACAUAUAUAUUGUUCACCAAAUUUGUCGUGAUUGAUUUUCCUCAAUGAGUAUAUACCGUUCUAUGCUUGACUUGACAGUUCGCCUCACGGGGCACGGAUGCCUUUGCCUGUGUUUUCAGAUUUGGAAGAAUUCUGAUAAGCAAGACUGCCAGAGGUGUUUCAAAACGCGGGUUAAGCAGCAUAUUGUAAAUGUUGGCAGGCAACCUUCUACUUGUCAACCAGAAGGAGCAAGCAGCGGGAAAAGGAGGAGAUUUGGAGGCGGCUGUUACUAGUUGAAUACAGGUAGAGGAUCAACUCUUAGUAGUUGAGAACUGUGCACUAUAUUCAUAUCAUUCCGUUUUCCCUAUUAAACAUAUAGAUCCGCAGGCAGAUACAUGAGCAAAGUCACCAUUUGCUCUGAUGCUUGAAGUGGCUUGCAAUUUGAACCCUCACAAGAGGAGAACAUGCCUCACCAUUUAAUAACAUUGAAAGAUCGUUCCAGAGAAAAUGAAGGCAGGCUUCGACAUAUUCUAUCACAUCUUGAUUGUACUGGAUUUUAUUUAACUAAACCUCUUAAAGCUCCUGUAUAAAUUUCUCUAACAUCCGGCUUAAUGGGCUUGAUAUCUUGCAAAACAUUAGGGAUCAGGUGCUAGACCUCUAAUGCUUUGCGAGAUAUCAAACCCAUUAAGCCACAAGUUGGAGUGAUUUAUACAGGAGCUAGAAGAGGUUUAGUUAAAUCGUAAAUCCCGUACAACCUAGAUGUGAAAGAAUUUGUUGAAUACUUUUCUCUUGAAGGAUGUGUUAUAAUUAUUUAAAUGGUCAGACGUGUUCUUUGAUGCUUGCUCUGAUCAAAUUGGAAGUCUCUUCCAAGCAUCAAACAUUUGGCAUCUUUGUUUAUCUGCCUGAAGAUCUAUAUAUUGACAAGUGAUAUGCAUUUAUGAGGUGCAAGUAAGGAGUGCAGUGUCCUUGAAUCCUAUGAAUGAUAUUGUGGUGUAAUUUAAUAUUUAAAAGAGAUAAUGUGGUGUCACCAAGGCAAUGUUGUUGGGUAUGAUUUAUCAAGUCUGUUCCAGGUUUAGAGAAA